CUAGAACUACGACUCCCAGAAGGCCGCGGGCUGCUCACAGUCUGCGCGUGCGUACUCCGACAGCCGGGCGUGGAGGAAAGGAGUCCUGCUAGAUUUUACUCCCCGACACGCCGCCGGUGCGAGGCGCGGGCUGGCGCCUGUGAUCGCGGUGGCCCCCUUCAUGUCCAGCACUCUGCACCUGCCCAGUGACCAUGAUCGUGUUCGUGAGGUUCAACUCCAGCCACGGCUUCCCCGUGGAGGUGGAUCCCACCACCAGCAUCUUCCAGCUCAAGGAGGCGGUUGCUAAGCGACAGGGGGUUCCGGCGGACCAGCUGCGGGUGAUCUUCGCGGGGAAGGAGCUCCGCGACGACCUGGUGCUGCAGGGCUGCGACCUGGACCAGCAGAGCAUCGUCCACGUGGUGCUGAGGCCCGCGAGGGAAGGCCAGGAAAUGACCUCCGCCCCCGGCGGGGGCCGUCCCUGGAGCGCCGCGGGGGCCUCUCAGAGGGAGCCCGAGAGCUUAACUCGCGUGGACUUCAGUGGCUCUGUCCUCCCGACCGACUCGGAGGGUCUGGCGGCCAUCCUGGUCGAAGACAGGGAGACCAUCGCCCCGCCAGCCGGACGCCCAGCAGGUAGACCGGCCUACAACAGCUUCUAUGUUUACUGCAAAGGCCCCUGCGGAGGAGUGCAGCCAGGGAAGCUCAGGGUGCGCUGCGGCACCUGCCGACAAGCCACGCUCACCUUGGCCCAGGGCCCGUCCUGCUGGGAAGAUGUCUUGAUCCCCGACCGGAUGCGGGGCGAGUGCCAGUCUCCAGGCUGCCCGGGCACCAGAGCGGAGUUUUUCUUUAAAUGCGCAGCACACCCGACCUCUGACCAAGAAACGUCCGUCGCUUUGAACCUGAUCACGACGAACAGCCGGAACAUCACCUGCAUAACGUGCGCGGACAUCAGGAGCCCCGUCCUGGUGUUCCAGUGCCACUCCCGCCACGUGAUCUGCCUGGACUGCUUCCACCUGUACUGCGUGACCAGGCUGAACGACCGGCAGUUCGUCCACGACCCUCAGCUCGGCUACUCUCUGCCUUGUGUGGCCGGCUGCCCCGACUCCCUGGUUACAGAGCUGCACCACUUCCGGGUCCUCGGGGAAGAGCAGUACAACCGGUACCAGCACUACGGCGCGGAGGAGUGCGUGCUGCGGCUGGGGGGCGUGCUGUGCCCCCGGCCGGGCUGCGGGGCCGGGCUGCUGCCGGGGCCAGAGCAGAGGGAAGUCACCUGCGGAGGCGGCGACGGCCUGGGCUGCGGGCUCGUCUUCUGCCGGGACUGCGGGGAAGCGGCGCACGACGGUGAGUGCAGCGCGCCGGCCGCCUCAGCAGCCGUGGCUCAGGUCUACAGGGUGGACGAGAAGGCGGCGGAGCAAGCGCGGUGGGAGGAGUCCUCCAAAGAGACCAUCAAGCAAACCACCAAGCCCUGCCCGCGCUGCCGGGUGCCCGUGGAGAAAAACGGAGGGUGCAUGCACAUGAAGUGCCCGCAGCCCCAGUGCCGGCUGGACUGGUGCUGGCACUGCGGCUGCGAGUGGAGCCGCACCUGCAUGGCCGACCACUGGUUCGACGUGUAGCUGCCUCGGGGCGCACCGCCACUGGGCCUGGAGCACCGAGGCCUGCCAGUGUCGGCGACUCUCCCUUUCUCCACACAUGCAUGCGAUCACACACAGGCUCAUGCAAAUAGACACACCACCACACACAUGCACACA